AUGGCGCCUCCAUCUUUCAGAUCGAAGAUCGCGAGCCUUGUCACCACCGCCGGGCUCUUCUUGGCUAGAGAAGUUGCCGGAGCAGGGUUCAAUGGGAACAACAACAUAGCUCUCUAUUGGGGUACGACUUCUCCUCGCCCUCUAACGCACACAUCACCUGACGAGCUUUUGCUACAGGGCAAAACUCAUACGGGCAAGCCGUUGGCCCUCUCGCCCAGCAAUCCCUCGCCACUUACUGCGCGAACACGGACAUCGACAUCAUUCCCAUGGCAUUCCUGGUGCAGGUAACAUCAGGAAUCAGCGGUGAGCCCGUCCUGAACUUCGCUAACUCUGCAGACACGUGUACCCUGUUCCCCGGUACCGGCCUCUUCGACUGCCCGGAGAUUGGAGAGGAUAUCAUCCGAUGUCAACAAGUGUAUGGAAAGACCAUCUUGCUCUCGAUUGGAGGCGGGGCGUAUACCGAGGGAGGUUUCGCGAGCGAAGCUGCCGCGAUAGCAGCAGCAGAGCUCGUAUGGAAUACCUUUGGGCCUGUCAACUCUUCUGUGCCUGUCGUCGUUCCGUCCACUUCGAGUGCAAGUGUGGGAUCUACAGCAAUGUCGACACCCUCCUCCACACAGACCAUGGUUUCUACUCGGACUUCAACGAUGAACUGGACCAGCAGCGUAAUCUCAACGACAAUCUCUCUGAUCAGACCAACUGCAACACAACCACCAUACAAUAACACGGCCAUGGAAUCUCAAGGACCGACAGUAACACCAACCGGCUUCGCCUCGACCGCAAACGGGACCUUCCCAACACCGACAGCCCUCCCGAACAUCACAACCUCCUCUCCACCUAACGCGACCAACCCAACACAGCCCUUCCAAGUUCUAACAACCUUCGAAACAACCCUCGUCACCCUCGUCGAACUAACAACCCUAAUAAACAACAACCUCCCACCAACCCAAGCCCUCGACCUCGACCUCCUCCCCCGCGCAACCCCAAACCCAACCAACCCCCUCCCCACCCCAUCCCUCUCGCCAGAAAAACGACAAUCCCCGCUCCCCCCCAUCCUCCGCCCCUUCCACGCCGCCGUAAUAGACGGCUUCGACCUCGACCUCGAAUCCCCAACGACAAACUUCCUCCCCUUCGCCCUACACCUCCGCGCCCUUAUGUCUGCCUCCUCCCCCGCCACAACGACGACAAAACCCUUCUACCUCACCGCAGCACCGCAAUGCCCCUACCCAGACCUCGCAACAACCCCCCUCCUCAACAGCACCCAAGUAUCUCUCGACGCCCUCUUCGUGCAAUUCUACAACAACCCCUGCGGCGUGCAAUCGUUCGCCCCGGGAACUGCUAUCCAGGAGAUUUUCAAUUUCGAUGUGUGGGAUGCGUGGGCGCAGGGGAGGAAGGACGGGGUGCAAGUUUUUUUGGGCGUGCCGGCGGGUCUGACGGCCGCGGGGUCCGGGUAUGAGGAUGUUGGGGGGUUGAGCGGGAUUAUUGAGUAUUGUCGGGGCUUUGCGAGUUUUGGGGGGGUUAUGGCGUGGGAUGCUUCGCAGGUUUAUGCGAAUGGUGGGUGGUUGCAAGGGGUGAGGGCUGUGCUGAAUGAGGGUGCUGCGGAGGGGAGGAAAUUGGUGAGGAGGGCGUGGAGGGCUUGA